UCAGACGAGUCGUUCAUAGGUUGCCUAUAGUACAAGUAGCUCUAAUUGUUAGCACGACCGAAGGAGCAGCGUUAAGAACAGGAAUAUUCAGACGUUUUUAAAGUCAAAUUCCACUACUCAUCUCCGCGUAGAAGAUGAUCUUCUUGAUGGUAACAAGGUUGUUGGUGUUUUGGUUCAUUCAWGGAUCGUAUUGUCGUGUGUCGCAAAACAAGGAUUACCUGGCUGCCAACCUCGACGACUACUAUAGCAGCAUAAUCAAAAUACCGCCACCACGAGAAACUGCUGUCAAGUUUGCAAAGUAUUUCCUAGGUCGUGAAAUCGAUAUCAAUAAACACGCGCGAAGACCACGAAGCGAUGAUUUUCUCCAACGAAAACAAACAGAUACGGUGUUAAUAAUAGACUCUUCUGAAUCCGUCAAGCGAGUGAACUUCAAACUCGGGCUGAGAGCUCUACAAGCAAUGGUCGAGCGAGGAAAGCCGGACACCAAGUACGCAGCGAUCACAUUCUCCAAUCACGCGAAAUUAGAAUUUGUUUUCGUGGAUAAAGAAAAUGCGAAGAAAAAUUUGAAGAAGAUAGAAUAUCGUCGUGGAAAGACCAACACACAGGAAGCUCUUAUGAUGGCUUUAAACAAACUGAUCAAGAGUAACACGUCAAACAUCCGUGUAGGAAGCGUUCGACGCAUUUUUUUGGUCACAGACGGUCUAUCGAAUGUUAAAAGACACAUGACGCUGAUGCGUGGCCAACAGCUAAAGUUUGCCGGCGUGGAGAUAUUUGUAAUGGCCGUGGGGCAGUAUGAUCAAGGUUUGGAAGAGAUUGUUGGUCUAGUGAGCUCAACCCUCGCUCACCUGUAUAGGGUAGCGAACAUGAAGGGGUUUCUGAGAGUGAUUAAGUUGAUUCCUAAAAAUGUAGAGAAAAACUGGCUUUCUGGCAUGAACGUGGGUGGGUUUUAGUAAAAUAAGAAAUAUAAAAAAGUAAUUAAAAGAUUUAAAAAACCGGGAGAAAGGUUGUUAGGACUUCAUGUAAAUAUUUCAAAAACGUCAACGCAAAAUAGGAUAAAAAUAGCAAUGUAAAUAAAGGAAUACUAAAUGGAUAAAUAAACAUGAUUAUAGAGAA